AUGAUUGUACCUGUAGAUGUAGACCAUCAACAUCCUCAUCAAUAUUAUUAUUUGGGUGCAAGGCCAUUGGUUCUGUUAACUUGGGGUGCUUGGAAGCUUGGACUCUGUACAGUCAUCGUAAUUUGCAGUUCGGAGGGAUUGAUUAUCAAAACGUUGAAUAGAGAUGCCACAUAUGAGCCUUCAAAGCGGUCAAAUAACUGGCUUAAAUUGAAGAAAGAUUACAUGGAGAGUAUUGGUGACUCGCUAGAUUUGGUACCCAUUGCUGCUUUCCAUGGUCGGGGGAAACGCACUGGUGUUUAUGGCGCCUUUCUCCUUGCUUGUUAUGAUAGCAGUAACGAGGAAUUUCAAAGCAUUUGCAAAAUUGGGACUGGGUUUUCUGAAGCAAUGCUUGAAGAGCGUUCUGCCAGUCUUCGUUCUAAAGUGAUUCCCAAACCAAAGUCGUACUAUCGAUAUGCAGAUACAAUCAAUCCAGAUGUUUGGUUUGAAACCUCUGAGGUGUGGGAGGUGAAAGCUGCAGACCUGACUAUCAGCCCUGUUUAUCGUGCUGCAACUGGGAUUGUUGAUCCUGAUAAGGGCAUUUCUCUCCGAUUUCCGCGUCUCGUUCGUGUCCGUGAAGAUAAGAGUCCAGAGGAGGCCUCAUCAUCUGAGAUGGUUGCUGAGAUGUACACUGCUCAGAAGCACAAUCAACGGAACAAUCAAGAUGAAAAUGAAGAUGAUUAA